GCACCGCACCGCACCCCCCACUGCUGGGAGCCGCGGACCUGCCGUGCCCUCGGGCUUGUACCGUCCCGCCGAGCGAAGGCUGCGCUGCUGAGGCCAGCGAGAGAGAGGGAGAGAGGCAGUGCGAGGAGGCAGGCAGGCAGGCAGGCAGUCGCGGCGCACGGGCUGUUAGGAAGCGAGAAUAAAGUCAGGCGAACAAAACAGCGGCAGCCCUCCUGCUCCGCAGAAGUGAGGAGGCGCCUCGGGGGCAACAUGACGGCGUGGCUGAGCUUCCUCGUCGUGUUCCUCUGCAGCUGGAGCCUGCGGGACUUGGUGGUGGAGGCUUGCACUUGCGUCCCCAUCCACCCGCAGGACGCUUUCUGCAACUCCGACAUCGUGAUCCGAGCUAAAGUUGUGGGGAAGAAGCUCAUGAAAGAUGGACCAUUUGGAACGAUGCGAUACACAGUCAAACAGAUGAAGAUGUACAGGGGCUUCCAGAUAAUGCCACACGUUCAGUACAUCUAUACAGAAGCCUCUGAGAGUCUUUGUGGAGUCAAGCUGGAGGUCAACAAGUACCAAUAUCUGAUUACAGGCCGCGUGUAUGAAGGGAAGGUUUACACUGGCCUGUGCAACUGGUAUGAGAAGUGGGACCGGCUGACUCUGUCCCAGCGUAAAGGACUGAAUCAUCGUUAUCAUCUGGGCUGUGGAUGCAAGAUUAGGCCCUGCUACUAUUUGCCCUGCUUUGCCACCUCCAAGAAUGAGUGUAUUUGGACAGACAUGCUCUCCAACUUCGGCCACUCAGGAUACCAAGCGAAGCACUAUGCCUGCAUCCAGAGGGUGGAAGGUUACUGCAGCUGGUAUAGAGGAUGGGCGCCUCCAGAUAAAACAAUAAUCAAUGCCACAGAUCCCUGAGCACGCUAUUCCUUCCUUAUCUCCCCUCUCCCUUACUUGUGGCUGAUCUUCCUUUGGACACUAACUCUUACCAGAUCAUGAUGAUGACAAUGAAAUUAGUGCCUGUUUUCAUGCAAAUUUUAGCACUUCGAACACUUAAAAAAGAAAAGAAAAAAAAAAAGGAAAGAAAAGAAAAAAAAGUCUGUGCUACCUUACUGAAUUUGUAAUCACCUUUUCCAUUUUUUGAUACCACUCAUUUUGAUCAGACGACAUUUGGGAGCUUACUUUUGCACACCAGAGGGAAAAAUGGGAGGAAAAAAAAAAAAAAGAAAAAAAAAGAAAAAAGAUGGAGCUCUUGCUCUCUUACAUGUAUCAUUAGCUGUAGCAAUAUAAUCUCUAUUUUUUUAGGAAAACAAAAAUCUAAAAACUAUGCCAAUUAGGCACUGUAUUCUUCUACACGCUGGCUUCUCGUCACCCCUCCUCAUGCACUAAGCGCUGAAAAUACGUAUACAAAUCUAUUUGAAGGAAAACAGGUUUCAUUAAUCAGAUUGGCAAAUGAAACAAACUGAGAAGAAACCCAGCCUAAACUCUGGAAAAAAUGACGUCCAAAAGAAAUCCUCCUCUAUGGGAGAGAUUGGCAAUGUGAUUGACUCCAGCAGUGGGAGAAUUCACCUGGUGUGUCUAACCACAUCAUCUGGUAAAAGCAUUGUUGACUGAUUGUCCUAGCUAAUUCAGUCAGUGUGAAUGCAACAGCGCAUUUGAAGUUCUGGCUUUCCCCAGAACAAAAGAGAGAGUAUUUUGUAUUUUUGUUGUUGUUUAAAAAACAAAAGCCCCAUCCCCUAUGUUCAGGGAGGUAAAUCCACCUACAGCAGAGCAGAUGAAGUGUUGUGCCAUCCUGUUUUGAGCAACAUUGACCCCUGAAAUUUUUGCAGCUUAGCUUCAACAGCAAAACCAGCUUGUGAACACCUUAAACCAAACAGAUGCAAAAAUACCAACUUUUAAUCAAUCACAUGGAAGAGGGAAAGGGGAGACUUGCUAGAGCUCUUACUAUAAAAAAAAAAAAUCUAUUGCCAAAAUAGUGUUUUGCUGAACUAAGAUGUAUAUACACAUAAUGACAUAAGCUAUUUUUGACAGGACGUGGUAUUUUUUGGUGUUAUAAACAAAAGAAUGGUUUGAUUGCGUUUUAAAGACAGAAAUAUUGACAUUCCGAGUCAGUGAGUUGUUUUUAAGAUAUUGAAGCUCCAGUGUAUCCGCAGUAGUGGCUACAGUCAUUGUUUCCUCUGUACCUCCUUACACCACGGUUCCUCCCCUGCAGCUACACUAGCUGCAUUUGUUUAUAUAGUGAAAGGAAGUGUGUGGGGGGGCUAGGCAAGGAAAAGUGGUCUCCUAAUAAGUGCUGGCUGGGAUCAUAAAAUUUCAGCUGCCCAGAGGAUUCCUUCUGUGUCAAGUGCUGUGUUUCCCUCUAGGCACUGUUAAGCAUAGCUCUGCAUGUGCUCAUACCUUGUCCUGCAGUGAUGUGGGAGGAGGAGCCUUACUGUCUUGUGCUUUGCUGUUGACUGGAGAAGUUUUUUUGUUCAAUUUUGUUUUUUAUUAAGAAAACUAUAAUAUAAUUUUUCUUAUCAAAUAAAAGUAUUUUAAGUUUUAA